GCUCGGCCCUCUCGAGUCAAACCCAAAGAACUCUCGCAUUUUCGUUGCCGUGGAGUAUCCUCCCGUAAUCUCCUUUACAAAUGGGCUCUGUGGCCUAGCGCCCCCUUCCCCUGAGCCAGGUCAUCCGUGAUCGUCCGCCGCAGCCCACUGUCUGACAGGGGCUGCUCGGGAGCCGCCACUAAGGUUUACAUCAUCCCAAUAAGAACAAGCAACAUGGCAGCAAUCCCGUCCAGCGGUUCACUCGUAGCAACCCAUGACUACUACCGAAGGCGUCUGGGUUCCACUUCCAGCAACAGCUCCUGUGGAAGUGCUGAGUAUUCUGGGGAAGUGAUCCCCCAUCAUCCUGGUCUUCCCAAAUCAGACCCAGGCCACUGGUGGGCAAGCUUCUUCUUCGGGAAGUCGAGUCAUCCAUUCAUGACAACUGUAUUGGAAUCCCCAGAGCACUCAGGAACUUUCCAGGUUGCUCAUGGCACGAUCACCUGUGACCUGGCUCAGGAGGCCAUGAGGAAGCGGCGUGUCAGCGAGCCCAGCAAGACCAGCACUGGGCCUUCUGCAUGAGCAGCAGCACCCUCCUUGCUGCUCCCCCCGCUUCUGAAGUGUGCUAGGCAUCAGAGCCCAUUUCCCCCUCCCCUCCCUUCCCCUCCUCUUUCCCCCCCUUCUGUCCCCUGCCUAUUCCCUUAGAAUAGACAGGCUGCUUAAGUGUAGAAGUAGUUGUGUUGUGUGUGUGUGUGUGUGGUUUUUUUUUAAGGAAAACAAAAGCAAAACACCAAAAAACAGUAAAAGAAACCACACUGUUAUUGUUUUUUUUUUUUACUAUCUGAAUCACGUAUGUGCUUUCCAGCAGCCUCAGUAACCCGUUUACUUUGUACUCAAAGGAAACUAAUAAACUUUGAGCAGCCUUUUAAUGA